AUGGAGGCCAUGAGAGAGCGUUUCAAAAAUAGCUUGGUGAAAUUCAUGUGGUGCAUGGGCUGGGAAUGGUGCACAGAAUGCAUGGGCAGUGCGUUAAAAUGUGCGAUUGUGGUAAAACCGCGGGCUUGCAUCGAGGACAUUAUAUGCGACGGGACGAGCGCUCGACAUUGCACCUAUGUGCUCGAGGAUCAUCAUUAUCAUUUGUCGGCAAACAUGCUUAAUAACGCUAACUUUGACCACGAUGAUAAAGCUAGUGGAAAGGGGGAGCACGUUGAUGACGUAAUAUUGGAAGCGGAAAUGGUCUAUGACCCUUAUGCAACUACCGAAACCUCUUUACCCGUAUUAAAUAAUAAAACUGACACUGAAAAACUCAUAGAAGUACUGAGGGAUCCGAAAAUGAAGGAGAUGAGAAAACGUUACCGACGCAGCUUAGUGAAAUUUAUGUGGUGCAUGGGCUGGAAAUGGUGUAGCAGAUGCCUAUCAUACACGGUCAAAUGCGCGCUCAUGGUAAGCGCUCGUAUUUGUAUCCAGGACAUUAAAUGUGGCGAGACAAGUACGUUAAGCUGCACCGGGUUGCUCGAGGACCACGAUUAUAAAGGGGUGGAUAAUGUUUAUAACGCUAACUAUAUAGACAAACGCAAUGUGUAUCAACGGGUGUUUAAUUUUGCCCAUGAUGAUAAGCGCACAGUUAGCCAGCGGUACCUGGGCGAGAAAAUUGACCAAGCUAAACCCACGAUUAGAAAUGUGGAGUACAAUGGCAGCGUUCAAUACGAGCGCAUUUGUACAGACAUGGAUUACAUCGACAAUAAUUACAAAAACUUUCAAGAGCUAUUCAAUGACCCGGAAAUGGAGGCUUUGAAAAAACGUUUCGGGCAGAGCUUGGUCAAAUUUCUAUGGUGCAAGGGCUGGAAAUGGUGCAAAAACUGCGCAUGGAACAUGUUCAAAUGCGCCACCGUGUUGGACGUGUUUGCUUGCAUCGGGGCCAUUGUGUGCGGCCCGAUGGGCACUCUACGCUGCACCGGCAUAUUAACUGACCACGAUUAUAACCCGUUGGAAAAUGUGUUUGCAGCCAACUUGAGCGACAAGCGCAAUUUGUACCAGCGUACAUUUAAUUUUGCGUAUGAUGAUGAUCGCUCGGUGGCCCAGCGAUUUGUCACCGAGACUAUUGAGACGAUUGAGCAGGCUAAAAACUUUUCCCGAAGUUUAUUUGAUAAAGUUAAAGCCUAUGGUCACCGUAAUUCGUCAAAUUCAUUUAAUGGCACUGUUAAUAACACGACGAAAAAGUCAUGGGGGUGGCCAUUUGUUAAACGCACUACUACUGAAUCGGCUAUGCUAAUUAUUUAG